CGGGAACUGUCUGCUGCAGCACCCGACUCCACUAUCAAGACCCUGCCCUUACGGGCCGCUGGACCCCCGGAUGCGGAUGGCAACCAGCCCUAUCAUUAUUGGCCUUUUUCAACAUGCGAUCUCUAUAACUGGAAGGCACAAAACCCCAAGUUUUCUGAGAAACCGGGGGGACUUAUUGACUUGCUAGAUUCUGUUCUUUUCACCCAUCAGCCCACUUGGGACGACUGUCAGCAGCUUUUACAGGUUCUGUUCACGACGGAAGAGAGAGAAAGGAUCCUCAAUGAGGCCCGGAAAGUGGUUCCAGGCGUGGACGGAGACCCAACUGUCAACCAGGUCCAGAUAGAUGUCUCUGAAAGGGAUGAGUCUCCGGCUGCCUUUUUAGAACGGAUCAUGGAGGCUUACCGCACCUACACCCCCAUGAAUCCAGAAGCUCCUGAAAACAAGGCAGCCGUGAUCAUAAGCUUUGUAAACCAAUCGGCCGCGGAUAUUAAAAGGAAACUACAAAAAGUAGAUAGGUUGGGAGAGAAGAGUUUACAGGAUUUACUGGCAGUGGCAGAGAAGGUGUACAAUAAGCGAGAGUCUCCAGAGGACAGGCAGGCUCGCGUCGCAGCUGCCACUAGCAGUAGGCAAGCUCGGGACCUGGCUAGGGUCCUGCUGGCUACGACCAUGGACUUCCCCAAGGAGCGAGACCGUCGCCUCCGACAGCUUGCAAGCAAUAAAGGAAGAGGUAAGCAGACCUCCCGAGAGGGGAGGCGGGGGCUACGGAAGGAUCAAUGUAAGUUUUGCAUGGACAUAGGGCACUGGGCUCGGGAAUGUCCGAAGAAGGCCAGUGAGAAGGGAGACAGGACUGACCGAGUCAAGGUCUUAGAGCUGGGUGGACUGAGUGAUUAGGGGAGUCAGGGUUCGGACCCCCUCCCCGAGCCCAGGAUAACUCUAAGAGUGGAGGGGACUCCUAUUAACUUCCUUGUUGACACCGGGGCACAACAUUCGGUCCUCCGUACCCCACAAGGAAAACUGGCGAACAAAAAGUCCUGGGUGCAAGGGGCAACUGGUAUGAGCCAGUAUUCAUGGACUACCCACAGGACAGUAGAUUUAGGAACGGGCCAGGUAUCCCACUCCUUCAUGGUAAUACCGGAAUGCCCCUACCCACUAUUGGGACGGGACCUAUUGACCAAAAUUGGAGCUCAAAUAACUUUCAGACAAGGGGGGCCUCAGGUCACCGAUGGGGAGGGGCGCCCCAUUCAGGUCUUGACCAUGAGGCUAGAGGAUGAAUAUCGCCUCUACCAGAAGACUUCCCUGGUAGAGGCCAGUAUGGACAAAUGGCUACAAGAAUUCCCAACAGCAUGGGCAGAGACAGGAGGGGUGGGGCUGGCCGCCCACAGGGCCCCAGUCCUGGUAGAACUAAAACCAGGAGAAGGUCCGGUAAGAAUCAAGCAGUACCCCAUGCCUCAGGAGGCACGGAGGGGAAUUCAGCCUCAUAUCAGGAGACUGAAGAGCUUGGGGGUGUUGGUUCCCUGCCAGUCUGCGUGGAACACUCCCCUACUGCCGGUUAAAAAGCCCCAGACAAACGACUACAGGCCAGUACAGGACCUCCGAGAAGUAAAUAAAAGAGUUAUGGACAUACACCCAACAGUCCCAAACCCAUACACUCUCUUGAGCUCCUUGGCGCCCUCUAAAGUCUGGUACACGGUAUUAGAUCUGAAAGAUGCCUUCUUCAGUCUACCACUAGCACCUCAAAGUCAGACCCUUUUCGCCUUCGAGUGGCAUGACCCAGAGGAGGGCUUCAGUGGACAGCUGACUUGGACACGCCUACCUCAGGGGUUCAAAAACUCUCCCACCAUCUUCGACGAGGCGCUGCAUGAGGACCUGGGUGAGUACAGAAGGGAACACCCCAACCUCACCCUCCUCCAGUACGUAGAUGACAUCCUGAUUGCUGCCGACACGGCCAAGGACUGUGAGCGGGGGACCCAAGAUCUAUUAGCCACCCUGGGGGCCUUAGGGUACCGGGCAUCCGCGAGGAAGGCUCAGUUAUGCCGAGAAAGGGUGAGUUACCUGGGAUACAUCCUAGAGGGCGGGCAGCGGCGGUUAUCGGAUGCCAGAAAAGAGACUGUUUUGAAAAUCCCUACUCCCACCUCCCGAAGAGAAGUAAGGGAAUUUCUAGGAUCGGCCGGCUACUGCCGCCUCUGGAUACCGGGUUUUGCCGAAAUCGCCAGGCCUCUAUAUGAAGCUACCAAAGAGGGAAGGGCGUUUGACUGGACUGAGAAAGACGAAGCUGCCUUUAGGCAGUUAAAGAAGGCCCUUCUAGGUGCCCCAGCCCUGGGCCUGCCAGAUAUUACAAAGCCCUUUCACCUCUUUGUGGAUGAACACAAAGGGAUAGCGAAAGGGGUCUUGACUCAAGCUUUAGGCCCCUGGAGCCGCCCAGUGGCUUAUUUGUCCAAGAAGUUAGAUCCUGUAGCUGCCGGCUGGCCACCGUGCUUGAGAAUUAUCGCGGCAACAGCGCUCUUAGUCAAAGACGCUGACAAAUUGACCUUGGGGCAGGAAAUCUGGAUUACAACCCCACAUGGCAUUGAGGGAGUCCUAAAGCAGCCUCCUGACAGAUGGAUGAGUAACGCACGUAUAAUCCAUUACCAGAGCCUCCUACUCAACCCUCCAAGAGCGUGGUUCGACCCCAGUGUGGCCCGCAAUCCUGCUACUUUGUGCCCGACCCUGACUCAGAUGCCACUACACGACUGUUCCGGAAUCCUAUAGCAGGUACAAGGACCUCGGAAGGACCUGACCGACCAGCCCCUCCCUGAUGCAGAGGCCACCUGGUUCAUGGUUGGGAGCAGCUUCGUGUGGGAUGUCAGGUACGCGGGUGCAGCGGUAGUCACUGAAACAAACACUGUGUGGGUGGAGGCCCUGCCCUCCGGGACGUCAGCCCAGUGAGCAGAAUUCAUCACCCUUACUAAGGCACUGAUGCUGGGGGCUGGGAAGCGGCUUAACGUUUACACAGACAGCCGUUAUGCAUUUGCUACAGCUCAUGUCCACGGGGCAAUCUAUCAGGAGAGAGGGAUGCUGAUGGCAGAGGGACAGAAAAAAAAUAACCAGGAGAUUCUCGAUCUGCUUGUGGCCUUAUGGCUUCCUGCCAAGUUAGCCAUAAUCCACUGCCAGGGGCACCAGAAAGCCGAUGACCCAGUAGCAAGAGGUAACCAAAAGGCUGACCAGGCUGCGAAGGCAGUAGCCCUUACCUCGGUCCCUACCAUGGCCUUACAACUCCCAGACCCAGGGCACCCAGUCUUACCAGACCAGCCCAAGUACUCCCAGGAAGAAUUGCAACGCAUCAGAAAGCUCCCCAGAGCCCAGGAAAUAAAGGGAUGGUGGCAUACACCAGAAGGGGAACUCAUACUGCCAGACCGGCUCGGGUACAGGGUAUUAGAACAUAUGCACUGCUCCACUCACCUGGGAACCCGGAAAAUGAAGGACUUAAUCCGACAUGCCGGGAUCAAGAUUCACCAGCAGGAUACCAAGAUAGAUCAGGUUGUGUCUGCAUGCAAGACCUGUCAACUCAAGAACACAAGAGUCGGAUAAAAUGAAAGAAGGACCAGGCUCAGAGGCACCAAACCAGGAGCACAAUGGGAAGUCGACUUCACUGAAAUUAAACCGGGGAAGUAUGGUUAUAAAUAUCUUUUAGUAUUUGUAGAUACCUUCUCUGGCUGGGUAGAGGCAUACCCAACCAAGCAUACCCAGAUGGUGGCCAAGAAGCUGUUGGAAGACAUCUUACCCAGGUAUGGUUUUCCUGCUAUGAUAGGGUCUGACAACGGGCCAGACUUUAUUUCAUAGGUAGUAACCAGGGCUAUUGGGGCAAAUUGGAAAUUACAUUGUGCUUAUAGACCCCAGAGUUCAGGUCAGGUAGAAAGAAUGAACAGAACUCUAAAAGAGACCCUUACCAAAUUAACCAUGGAGACUGGCAGGGACUGGGUGGCUCUCCUACCGUAUGCCCUUUACCGGGUAAGGAACUCCCCAUACACCCUGGGCUUUACUCCCUAUGAAAUCAUGUUUAGUAGCAGAAGAUUUGGUUGCCUAAAGAGGCCAUGA